CCACCUCUGCGUUUCUGUAGUUCUCUGUCGUCUCUGGACACUUUUGCCCCUGCUCUAAAAUCUUAAUUCCCCCUUCUCUCCUUGCUUGCUUGUAAACUGUAAUUCCCCUCCUGGCUUUUCGUUUCUUUUUUAUCUCUCUGUUUUUUUAAUCCUCUUUCUUUUUUCCUGAGGAAACCCUAAGACUCUCUGCCCAAUUUUGCAGAGUUGGGGUUUUCUAGGGUUUUUAGCACUAUGCUCAAUCAGGGUUUCGUAAGCUGCGGUUGUCUUCACUGAAGCUUUUGGUGCGCCCAAUUUAGUCAUUAGAUUACUGCUGAGGUUGUCAAAAUGAUUCUGACAAAGCAGUAUCGAUGCAUACAUUCUGCAAGCUGUCAAUGCACAAAAGGGCAUCUAAGUGAAGAUGCAAUAUUCCUAGUAUUUCAACAAUUGAAUUGGAACCCUAACUUAAUUGCAACACUUUCAUGUGUGUGCAAAUGGUUUGAUGAUCUUGCCAAGCGUGUACUGUGGAAAGAGUUCUGUAAAACAAGAGCACCAAAGAUGAUGAUUGAUUUGCAAUCUAGUGGGAGUCACAGUGUAGAUGGAAACUGGAGGGCACUUGGGAAGCUGCUUAUUUACUGUUCAGGAAGUAAGAAGGGUGGCCUCUUUAAUACCGUUCAAAUUCCUGGUCACUUUGUCUAUAGGACCAGGUUUUCUAGGACAUCAGGAAAGAGCUUUCUUUUGCCCCAAUGCAGAACAGAUGUAUUGUAUGUCUCUGAUCCGUGUGAACACCUUGACCAAGGAGAAGAGGGAGAUGUAGGGUUCUUCAGGGGAAUUUUCAAGUCGUUCUCAAUGUCAAAGGUCCGGAAGAUGUUAAUUAAAAAGGGUGCUGAGCUUCAUCCAACAGAGGUGUGCCCUUACUGUAAGGCCAAGUUGUGGAGCAUGUUGCAAGCCAAAAUGAUACCUCAAAGUGCCAGCUGUAGAUUGGGUGCUUAUGAGGAUUGCAUCGAGUACUUUGUUUGCCUCAAUGGACACAUGCUUGGUAUCUGCACUCUGUUACCUUUAUCUGAUUCAGAAGAGGUAUCAGAGUUGGAGUGAUGGUUGAAAAGAAAAGGAGGUUUCUUGCCAUUUGCAAGCAUAAAGCUGCCUAGGCUGGACAUAUUACUGGGCUUGAGCUGAGAUGAACCAUUAACGAUCCCAUUCAAUGUCCACACGCAUUCUGUCCUGCCCUAAUGUUGUUUUACAAUUGAAGUGUUAGAAGCUCUUGCUAACCAAUUAUUUUCCAACUCCCCUUUCUAUAAUGUUGUGAUAUAAUACAAUGUACAUUUAUGUAUGCUCUAAUGUGUAUGUGGAUCAAAAAUUGGUUUGUCCAAUAAUAUUACACUUGUUCA